UACUCUACGUAUUGCGUAUGUCUGUGGUAGCCACACUGCUAGCCUGCUAACAAGAAACAAGAUGGAUUCUCCCAUACUGGAACCAUCCUUAUACACUGUCAAAGCGGUUCUGAUUCUGGACAACGAUGGAGACCGGCUUUAUGCCAAGUACUACGAUGACACAUACCCAACAGUGAAGGAGCAGAAGGCGUUUGAGAAGAACAUAUUUAACAAAACACACAGGACUGACAGUGAGAUAGCAUUACUCGAGGGACUCACUGUUGUCUACAAGAGCAACAUAGACCUCUUCUUUUAUGUGAUUGGAAGCUCUCAUGAAAAUGAGCUUAUGCUUAUGGCUGUUUUAAAUUGCCUCUUUGAUUCGCUCAGUCAGAUGUUGAGAAAAAAUGUAGAGAGGAGGGCUUUGUUGGAGAACAUGGAGGGACUCUUCUUGGCUGUGGAUGAGAUUGUGGAUGGAGGGGUGAUCCUGGAGAGUGACCCUCAGCAGGUUGUGCACCGCGUGGCUCUCAGAGGGGAUGAUGUGCCUUUAACAGAGCAGACAGUCACACAGGUCCUUCAGUCUGCCAAAGAACAGAUCAAGUGGUCACUUCUACGAUAGAGUCACUCACGCAUCAGUCCACCAGUGAGCCGCUGUUCAGCCCAGUCUUCAUGGCACUGAUUGUUUUUCCCUUUUUUUUUCCACUUCUUCAAUCAAAGCUGUGAGGAGUAUCACUGGAAGGUCCAGUCACACUCCCAGGACUUGCGCUUGAUAAAGUUUGAUUUUUUUUUUCAAUUACUUGUGAUUGAUUGAUUGAUGAUCCACUUGAUAAAAGGAUGUGCUGUACAUUCCAGUAUCGGGGGCAGGACCUUUUUGUUGUAUUUUCUUUUUUUAAUUACAGGACCUGGGUGUUUAUUAAUCCAGUGUAUUGCUCUGUAAAACUUUUAUAAACCUCAUAACCUAUGACAACAUUCCUUGUAUCCCCAGAAUUGUUUCCCUUUUGAUAGGACCCUGUCUCCUCCUCUGGUUUAAUGUACUCAGUAUUGAGGCUGUGUCAUUAUGUCACUUAAUGUACAUCAAUAUUAUGCUUAAAACUGAACAACUAGUACUGUAGUCACACCACUGACCACUGGUUCUUAUACAUCUCUAUAUCUCUAUCAUCCAACACCAUUAAUAAAUGUUUGUUGACACUCGUACAAUCA